CAGUUUGCGGUCACGUGUUACGCAGCAGCGACUCUCCUCAACAUUCUUUCAGAGCCGGAAACAAAACAAGCUGUCAUGUGAUUAGUGGUAGUGCCUCUCGUGAAGAGUGUAAGCUGCCGGACCGCUCUGCAUAUCAUGGCUGAUGAUUUGAAGAGAUACCUGUACAAACAGCUGCAAAGUGUGGAAGGUCUGCAUGCUGUGGUGGUGACAGACAGGGAUGGAGUCCCAGUUAUUAAAGUUGCCAAUGACAACGCCCCGGUGCACGCUCUGAGGCCGGGCUUCCUGUCCACCUUCGCUCUGGCCACAGACCAGGGCAGCAAGCUGGGCCUGUCCAAGAACAAGAGCAUCAUCUGCUACUACAACACCUACCAGAUUGUGCAGUUCAACAGGUUACCGCUGGUCAUCAGCUUCAUCGCCGCCAGCAACGCCAACACAGGUCUCAUCAUGAGUCUGGAGAAGGAGUUGGCCCCCCUCAUAGAGGAGCUGAGGCAGGUGGUGGAGGUCACAUAAACAGACCACCUCUUCAUCAUGAUGAUGGAACUCUUCACUGUUGACUUACUUCUGCCUUACCUGUAGACUCUUUCUUCUUCUGAUCAGCUUUUUAGACACAACCAUAUUUAUAUGUCCAAUCAAUGUCAGCAAAGCCCAAUAAAUGUUUACUGUCAACAAC